GUUUACACUCUGGAUGGAUACAUGUCCGGGGACCGGAUCACCUCCACGCCGACCCGCGGCUCUCCGCCCCGAGAUCCCGGAGCCGCGGACCUGUCGGAGAUGGAGACUCUGCGGAUAUUCGUGAACCAGCGGCUCGCGGCGGUGGUCGAAGACAUCGUGGCGGUGUUCGGUAGAACCCUGGCCCGGUACCGGGAGCAGAUCGACCGCCAGCAGCAGCAGCUGGACGGACUGAAGUCCGAGGAGGGCGCAUGGAUCUGGGCAGCAGACCCUCAGUGCGCCCCCUCAUGGAUCAAAGCGUGUCCUGACCAGCAGCUGGGACAGCUGGUUCAGACCGAUGGUGCUGAGGAGGGGCCCCGAGCCUCGGGCCCGCUCAUUGAAUGUGAAGCUGAAGGUGGAGAAUCUGGUGACGGAGCCUCUGACUCUGACACAGAGGACAGCAAAGAGUACCGGAGACCAGAGGAGUCCACAGGUCAAAGGUCACCACAGCAGCAGGACGAAGUGUCACUCCCACCGCUGUUCAGCUGUCAUGUCUGCGGACAGAGCUUCGGCCGGAGGGCGACACUGGUGCAGCACGUCCGCAGCCACACGGGCGAGAAGCCGUUCAGCUGCUCGUACUGAGAAGGGAAACCUGACGGUGAACCUGCGGACCAGUCCGCUGAGUGGACCAGUCCGCUGAGUGGACCAGUCCGCUCAGCGGCCGUACUGGGGCUCCUGUCCUGCUUCCAGAAACACCUUGUGUCAGAGGAGAGGCCUCAGCCCGACAUGAACCUUGACAUGUGACACGUGUCACAGCUCUGAACAUGGAGAAGCUGACAAUAUCAAAAUGGAGAAAGGGAAUAAGAUUUAAAAUGCACAAACAUUAUUUUAAAAGACAACAUUUGAGAGUAAACAUUUUGUCAUGUUUAAAAAUAAAGAUAGAAUCAGUUA